AUGGACCCCUCCAUGAGAGCAAAGCAGCCCGUCAUUGCAGAGUUCAGUCUUGACUCUGGUCAAAUGAUCGGCCUGGUUCUGGAGAUCCACAGUGUUGGCGUCUCUCUUUAUCAUCUUCGCCACUUUGUUUUUGUCAGCUGGGGGGCGUGGUCGCUAAGGGGCGGGGCUUGUCGGAGGCGGGGACGGGCUGAGGCCGCGAGCUCCCCCGCAGCCAGGGCGGAGCGAGCGGGGAUCGCCCUGACGGCCAGCGAUCUCGUCGUGGGGCCGCCGCGCCUCCGUUUCCCAGCAGGCCCGACCCGGCGCGGCCGGGAGCACAGCGAAGCCCUGGAGCAGCAGCCGUCCCCGUCGCCGCCGCCGCCGCGGGCGCAGACGUCGCCCGGGCCGGCCAAGGCUGGCGUGGUCCCCAACCGCCGUCUGGGCAGCGUCCGCGGCGGGCCCAUGUCGCCGCCCGGCCGCCGCGCCCGCCUGUCGUCGCCGGGAACCAGCCGCCCGGCGUCCGAGGCCCGCGAGGAGCUGCGGCGCCGCCUGCGCGACCUCAUCGAGGGCAACCGGGUGAUGAUCUUCAGCAAGAGCUACUGUCCGCACAGCACGCGGGUUAAAGAACUCUUUUCUUCCUUGGGAGUUGACUAUAACAUCCUAGAACUUGAUCAAGUCGAUGAUGGUGCCAACUUCCAGGAAGUGCUGUCGGAAAUCACUAAUCAGAAAACCGUGCCUAAUAUUUUUGUGAAUAAAGUGCAUGUGGGAGGAUGUGACCGAACAUUCCAGGCUCAUCAGAAUGGCUUACUGCAGAAGCUCCUUCAGGAAGACUCAGCACACGAUUAUGACCUCAUUGUCAUUGGUGGUGGCUCUGGUGGCCUCUCGUGUGCAAAGGAAGCUGCCAACUUGGGAAAGAAAGUCAUGGUGCUGGACUUCGUGGUCCCGUCGCCCCAGGGCACAUCCUGGGGCCUUGGUGGUACCUGUGUAAAUGUAGGCUGUAUUCCUAAGAAACUGAUGCAUCAGGCUGCCCUCCUGGGGCAGGCCUUGCAGGACUCAAGGAUGUUCGGCUGGGAGUACAGUCAGCAGGUGAAGCACAACUGGGAGACCAUGAGGGAGGCCAUUCAGAACCACAUUGCCUCGCUGAACUGGGGCUACCGGCUGACUAUGAGGGAGAAAGGGGUGGCCUACGUCAAUUCCUACGGAGAAUUUGUGGAACAUCAUAAAAUAAAGGCAACCAAUAAAAAAGGACAGGAAACUUUUUACACCGCUGAAAAGUUUGUCAUAGCAACAGGGGAAAGGCCACGGUACUUAGGAAUCCAAGGAGAUAAAGAAUACUGUAUCACAAGUGACGAUCUUUUCUCUCUGCCCUAUUGCCCUGGCAAAACGCUAAUAGUGGGCGCUUCCUACGUUGCUCUGGAGUGUGCGGGAUUCCUCGCUGGCCUGGGCUUAGAUGUCACAGUCAUGGUGCGCUCAGUCCUCCUCCGUGGCUUUGAUCAAGAAAUGGCAGAGAAAGUGGGGGCCUACAUGGAGCAGCAUGGCGUUAAGUUCUUAAGGAAGUUUGUACCUAUGACCGUCCAGCAGUUGGAGAAAGGUUCCCCUGGCAUGUUGAAAGUAGUGGCCAAGUCCACUGAAGGGACGGAAACUAUUGAAGGGACCUACAACACGGUUUUGUUAGCGAUUGGUCGUGACUCCUGUACAAAGAAAAUAGGCCUGGAGAAGAUUGGUGUCAGAGUCAAUGAGAAGAAUGGAAAAAUACUAGCAAAUGAUGUGGAACAGACCAGCGUGCCCUAUGUCUAUGCUAUUGGGGACAUUUUGGAGGGCAAACCAGAGCUUACUCCCGUCGCUAUACAGGCAGGCAAGCUGUUAGCUCGAAGGUUAUUUGGGGCCUCCACAGACAAGUGUGACUACAUUAAUGUUCCCACUACUGUGUUCACUCCUCUGGAGUAUGGCUGCUGUGGGGUAUCUGAAGAGAAAGCUGUGGAGAUGCAUAAGAAGGAGAGCCUGGAAGUAUAUCACACUUUGUUCUGGCCUCUUGAAUGGACAGUCGCAGGCAGAGACAACAAUACUUGUUACGCAAAGAUAAUCUGCAACAAAUUCGACAAUGAUCGUGUGAUCGGAUUUCAUGUUCUUGGACCGAAUGCUGGCGAGAUCACCCAAGGAUUUGCAGCCGCGAUGAAAUGUGGGCUCACAAAACAGCAGCUCAAUGACACCAUCGGGAUUCACCCCACCUGUGGGGAGGUAUUCACGACCUUGGACAUCACAAAGUCAUCAGGACUGGACAUCACUCAGAAAGGCUGCUGAGGUUAGCCCGCUGCUGGGAGUUCUCCUUGUCAACUCUGUGUCUGUGCUCACGACAUCUGCUCAGGCUUGUCCCCGGCCCUGUGAUGACAGAGUCGGCAGGGAGACCCACAGCAGCAGGCACCCGUGUAGUCUCAGCUGACAGCAACGGCAGGCAAGCUGCGUCCUUGACGCCUUGGCUCGCAACUCAUGGAGAAGGGCCAAGGCCGACUCUUGCACGUCAGACUUGAACUUCCCACCAAGAGAUCCUUGGACGGCACGAUGAACCCAAGUUAACUUUUCUAGUUCUAGCAUUUUUAACCCCUUAUUUGUUGUUUCCAUGAAGAUUUUUUUUUCCUCAGUGGUGGAACUGAACCCAAAGAGGCAUUUCCCAGCGUCGGGCCUGGAGUGCCUGUGUGCUCACUGGUCCGUGGUGUCUGGGGAGAGGCAAUGGACUGCGCAAAUAGCAGAAGACUUCACAUGCUGUGUGGGUUUUGGCUGUUUUGUUGGUUAAGGUACAUUUUAGCCUGCCGCCAGAAUCCUCACUCACAAGGCGCCCUGCCUACACUUCCUGGUAACCUUGAAGUCCUUAUCCUCGUAUGGUACCUCUGGUCUGGAGGAACACCUCCUGAAAAGCAAAUACUUGAAUCUCUUUCCUUCAUGUAAGUCUUAAGGACAUUAAAAAUGCUUUUAAUACAGUA